AUGCCGGAUAAAGUGACGGAAGCUCAGAGUACGUCGCCCGCCAAGGUGUCUUCGUUUUUUAUAGAGAAUCUACUGAGAAAUAAUGCAAAAGGUAAACAGACGGACAGAACGGUGGAGAACGCGGAAGAAGUCGUCCCCAGACCAAACUGUUUCCACAACGGAACGGCUGGCAACCAUUGCAAUCAAGGCUGCUGUCAGAUAUCCGGUCAGGACUUCUGUGCGCAGACCUAUCCACUCAGGGGAAGCACGUUACAGUGGUACGCUCAAGCGCAGCCGAGAUGUCCCAGUCCAGACAGUCCGAAACGCGGAUGUCCAAGUUCCGAGGAAGAACAGUGUUUUUCUCUCACAACCAGUGAUCUGGACUCCCCGCCAGUGUUGGACAAAGGAGACAGCCAUCAGGAAACCUGUAACCAAGAAGGGGGCGAGCUGCGGGAGGAAAAGAGAUCAGAGGCAGAGAACAACGAGGCUGCGAGAAGCCAGGCGGACGCUGACCAGAAAUCUAGCCGCAAAAAGAAAACGCGCACAGUCUUCAGCAGGAGUCAAGUUUUCCAGCUCGAAUCUACAUUUGAUAUGAAACGUUACCUAAGCAGUUCCGAGAGGGCGGGCCUGGCCGCUUCUCUUCACCUGACCGAGACUCAGGUCAAAAUUUGGUUCCAAAAUCGGAGAAACAAGUGGAAAAGGCAGCUGGCCGCAGAUCUGGAAGCGGUCAACCUUUCUCAUAGUGCACAGAGAAUUGUGAGAGUUCCCAUUUUAUAUCAUGAAAACUCACCAUCUGGCGCCUUGAACUUCAGUCUACCGCAAGUGUCCCCUCCUCUGGUGAGCUUCUCCAGCUCAGUAAGUUAUCCGCUCGCAGCAUUCCCUUCUUCUUUGCCUUUCCUAAGAUCACAGAUGAGUGGACUUGUUUAAAAAUGACCAUUCAAUCGGAAGACCGUAUAUUAAAGCUGAAAGUAACAGUCCGAUGAAACAAAAAAGAAAAUUAAGCAAAAGACUUGUCCAACUCCAGCUUUUUGUUUUGCCUCACAUUUUCAUUGGUACAGAUGUGCAAUAAGUUACUUUGAGGUGCUAUUACUGCAGAACCGAAGAGGAAAAUUGUUUUUUACAUCCUAAGUAAUGACCAUAAUGUGGUCUCCGCAUUCACUGCUUCGAUGGCGUAAUAUUCCACCAUGGCCACGGAGGAUAACACAUACACCCGCACUCAUACACUAAACUUUAUAUGCAACUUCGAUAAAGUUCAUUUGCUUACUCAAUGUAUUGCUGUGCUAAAACGUUAGAUAUUUUAUACUCAUAGGUCUUGUUAGAAUGAGCAUAAGAGGACAGCAGUGCAAGUUCAAAGUGCUCAAUGGGAUUUUAGUACCUAUAAUCAUUAGUUACUGGGAACUCUUGUUGAUUUUAUUCUUUUAACUCUUUGUAGCUAACCAUCCUUGCAU